AUGGUUCCAAGGGCCAACGAAGGACAUUCACUAAUACAUCAAACAGAUUCAAAUUUCAAAGCUUAAUCCACUACAAGACCAUAUUUGAAAGAAAUCACAAGAGAUCUAUUGGAUAGAUAAAUUGAAUACGAUAAGAUUAAUAAAAUAUACUGUUCACUAACCUCUAAUAGGCCAAUAAGCUCAAAAUAAAAAUAAAUAAACUCAAAGUUUUUUACAAUAAAAAAUGCUGUUCGAGAGGCAAGAUUAAAAUUUUUCGAUAACCAAACUUGUUCUCAAUAAAUAAUAUCAAAAAACGAGAAUAGAUAUAUUCAAUAAUAAAUACACUCAAUAGCAUUGAUUGCAUAAAUUUUUCGAAAUUAAAAAUCAACCCUUGGCUUGAGAUCGAAUCAACAAAAUUAACCAAUAAAAAAAUGGAGCCUGUAUUUAAUUUUAAGCAUAACUAUCCCCAUGAUUUGCCUACUCAUAUUAAUGUUGGAAUUAAAGGAAAAAUAAUAAUGA